UCUCUCUCUCUCUGUGUGUCUCUCUCUCUCUCUCUGUGUGUGUGUGUGUCUCUCUGUGUGUGUGUGUGUGUGUGUGUGUGUGUGUGUGUGUGUGUGUGUGUGUGUGUGUGUGUGUGUGUGUGUGUGUGUGUGUGUGUGUGUGUGUGUGUGUGUGUGUGUGUGUGUGUGUGUGUGUGUGUGUAUGUGUGUGUGUGUGUGUGUGUGUGUGUGUGUGUGUGUGUGUGUGUGUGUGUGUGUGUGUGUGUGUGUGUGUGUGUGUGUGUGUGUGUGUGUGUGUGUGUGUGUGUGUGUGUGUGUGCUAACGUGAGUGUGUUCUUAUGUGAGUGUGUGUGUGUGUGUGUGUGUGUGUGUGUGUGUGUGUGUGUGUGUGUGUGUGUGUGUGUGUGUGUGUGUGUGUGUGUGUUGGUUUCCGUCUGUGUGGGUGUGGGUGUGUGUGUGUGUGUGUGUGUGUGUGUGUGUGUGUGUGUGUGUGUGUGUGUGUGUGUGUGUGUGUGUGUGUGUGUGUGUGUGUGUGUGUGUGUGUGUGUG